CAGAAGCUCACUCGCCAAGGAGAGCAGCACAUAGGAAGGCAGGCCAGACCUCACAGCGUUGUGGGGUACAGCGUCCUCACUGGCAAGAAGCAAGCGGCAAGGGAAAGCUGAAGAGCCCGGAUGGACCACGACUUUGCACCUCCUCCUCCAGAGAUGCAGCCACACAGGGCUCCAGGUCCCAGAUCUUCUUUCUCCCGCAGCCACAUGCUGGGGCGCCACACCCACCAAAAGCUCACCAGAGAUGUGUCCCCCCUUAUCCCCGUCAUCAAGAAGACUGUCCACUUGAAUGCCUUCCCCCAAGGCAAUGUCCUACAGACUUCCAGUCAGCCAAGCCUUAGAUCCAGGGCCUGGAGUAUGUCCCAACAGGGUAGCCUAGGGCCCCUGAGCUCUCUGCCUCCCAAUAGCUUUACACCUAGGAAACUCAGCUCUAUUUCCUUAACGAUUCGCCAGAACGUCCAAACGCAGCCCCUGGAUGCCUCACUUUCUCAUUGGGAAGAAUUGCCCAAUUUGGGCAAGGAUGUACUCACCCAUGGAGAAGGGAGGUCGUCCACUUCAAGAUCACCACCCAUGGCCCCAGUGCCAAAGGUCAGGACCUCCUCUGAAGGCCAUGGGAACCCAGAUCUAACCAAACCCAACAGGACACCCUCAGGGGUUAAGCCCCUGGUGUCUUCACAUCUGGCUUUGCCAUUCCAAUCUCAGUACACUCAGAGUUCAGGCCCUGUGACUCAAGUCCAAACCAGAACCUCUCCAGGAAGAGGUAAGUCCAAGCCCAGGGGUAUUCCCAGAUCCCGAGCAUACCUCCAAAGGGCUACUCCCCCUCCUACAAAUUUGUCUGCUGUGGGCACAAAAUUAGAUAUAGCCAGAAAUUUAGGCACAAUGGCCAUCAACAGACCUGAGCUGGCUAUCAAUAUGUCCACACCAAACCCAUCCAGAAUGGUCAGAGACACUGAACUUCCUAUUCUGGGUGCCAAGAUGGGCAUGGCCGAUGACUUACCUAUAGCAUCCAAGGCAGGAAAAGCCACAGAUUCGGUGAUAGCAGACCCACCCAAACUAGGCACAGCCAUGAAUUUAGCUGUAGCAGGGACAACCAAGCCAGGCCAGGUUCUGAAUUUGGUAACUGCAGAUUCAGACAAGCUGGAAAAUGUCAUGGUUAUGACCAUGGAGGAUUCAGCCAUAGCUUUGGAAAUACCGGAUCAAAUUGAUCUGGGCAUAACCAGGUUGGACACAGCCAUGGCUUUGGCUGGAGUCAAUAUAGCCAAGCCGGACACAACUACAAAUUCUUCUGUGUUGGACACAAGCAGACUGGAAACAGCCAUGGAUUCGGUUGUGCUGGUCUGCCCAGUCACUGGUGAGACCAAGCUAGACAUUGUCAAUCACCUGACCAUCGCGGACGCUGCAACCUAUUCUCAAAUGCCAAGCAGAAGCACGGACCCAGGCCAGGACUAUGCCGCUGCGGAUGCUGCCACAGACAGUGCCACCGAAUCUACCUUGCAGGUCCUGGCCAGAGAACCCAAAGGGCUCCCAGAGGCCAGGACGGACACAGCUAUGUCAGAGCUGGUACCUGAGCCCAGGCCUAAGCCGGCGGUGCCCAUGAAGCCGGUCAGCAUCAACUCCAACCUACUAGGCUACAUCGGCAUCGACACCAUCAUCGAACAGAUGCGCAAGAAAACCAUGAAGACUGGUUUUGACUUCAACAUCAUGGUCGUUGGCCAGAGUGGACUGGGCAAGUCAACGCUGGUCAACACGCUCUUCAAGUCCCAAGUGAGCCGAAAGGCCUCCAGCUGGAACCGGGAGGAGAAGAUCCCUAAGACAGUAGAGAUCAAAGCGAUUGGGCAUGUGAUAGAGGAAGGUGGUGUCAAAAUGAAGCUGACAGUCAUUGACACGCCCGGCUUCGGGGACCAGAUCAACAAUGAAAACUGCUGGGAGCCCAUUGAGAAAUACAUCAAUGAACAGUAUGAGAAGUUCCUGAAGGAAGAGGUGAACAUCGCCAGGAAGAAACGCAUCCCCGACACUCGUGUCCACUGCUGCCUUUACUUCAUCUCCCCCACAGGACACUCCUUACGACCGCUUGAUCUUGAGUUCAUGAAACACCUCAGCAAAGUGGUGAACAUCAUCCCGGUCAUUGCCAAGGCUGACACCAUGACCCUGGAGGAGAAGUCUGAAUUCAAGCAGAGGGUUCGCAAAGAACUUGAAGUAAACGGCAUUGAGUUCUACCCUCAGAAAGAGUUUGAUGAGGACUUGGAGGACAAGACAGAGAAUGACAAAAUCAGGGAGAGCAUGCCCUUCGCUGUGGUGGGGAGUGACAAGGAGUACCAAGUGAAUGGCAAGAGGGUCCUCGGCAGAAAAACUCCAUGGGGGAUCAUUGAAGUGGAAAACCUCAACCACUGUGAGUUUGCCCUGCUUCGAGACUUCGUCAUCAGGACUCACCUCCAGGACCUCAAAGAAGUCACCCACAACAUCCACUAUGAGACUUACAGGGCCAAGAGGCUCAAUGACAAUGGAGGCCUCCCUCCGAGGACCCAGGUUCGGUUCCCAGUACCUACCUGGCAGCUCACGACCGCCCUGAGUGACUCCAGCUGCAGAGGAUCAGACGCCCUCCUUUAACCUCCACAAGCAUGGCAUAUAGAUACAUACAUGGAGACGAACUCUUCUAUGCAUAAGAUAAAAAUCAAUAAAUAUUAAAAAAAAUAAAGUCACAAGUAAAAGCAUGGGACAAUGCACACUGAGAUGGCAAGAGAAAUCAGAGCUAUAGGGAAGAGAGGCGCCAGUUUCUGCUGCUGAGCACUGAAAUUUGCCCUGAACUCUGGAGUAGCCUAGGGAAAAAGGGGAACUUGGGAACUUGGGCUGCCUGCUCCGUGUUCUGUUCCAGGAAGCACACAUACUGGUCAAGUGAGGCAACUUUUGGGUGGAGGACAUGUCAUUUCCAAACUAAUUCUGAAGCAUCAGAAACAAUAUACAGAAUUUCCUAGGGACCCAGGGCUUCGGAGACAAAUUCUAGGACACAGUUUCCUUUCCCUAGAACGAACUUCUCUGUUAAGCUGGCUUUUCUGUGGCUUCCUCUCGUGUAAACCUCACUCGCUAUUUCUGUUCUCAUUUGUCUGUCUUCCUUUGCUUCUCCCCUCUUCCCCUGACCCAAUUUCCCCGUCUUCCGAUCCCAUAGAUACUCCCAGGAACAUCCACAACCAUACAUUUAGCCUUCUCUUGCCUUUUCCCGGAGCCCUGUAGUUAUGCGCAUGUCCACUGCUCCUUGCACACUCAAGUGAUUCUUCUUCCCGUGGCUUCUAAGGCUGCUUUAAGGAAAACAGUUUAGCCUUAGGAAAGGAAGAGACGAGGGAUUCUGUUUACCAUUGCUCUUCUGCACUAUCCCAUCUCCUGGUCCAGCCUGGGUAUUUAACUGGUCCUCACUGAAUGCCACCAUUUAUCGUCACAGUCCUUUAUCACGCAGGCGCUAGGAGAAACAAAAGAGAUGGAUCCCAUGAUUCAGUGGACCACGUGAAGGAGGAGGGAAUGAUCAGAUCAUGUGACCCCAGUCCUACCUGUCUAGCCCUCAUUCCUCAUCUCAUUUCCCUGCAAGUUACUCCGAAGUAGGCAUCUGUCAGGCUAGAGUGGGAGCAGUGUUCUAGCGCUCCCUGGCUACUCCAGCGAGGUCACCUCGGGCCAGCAGGGAUCAGGAGGGUGGGCAUUGGAUAGUUGGAUAGGCGAAGUAAUAGAAUGGUGCCUGACCCCUCGUUAAGCUAUGGAUGGUUUCACUCUCCCUGGAGAAGCUGUUUUGAUGUGCUUGCUGCAAACUGCUGGUCUCCACACCCUCAACCGUUCUCAACUCCCCUUGCAGGGAGAAGGCCUCCUGGGCACUGCCCUUCCACCUGUGCCAGCUACCCCCUGUCCCACGGCUGAAUGAAGGCCAUUUCAAGCGCUGCUUCUCCCUCAUUCCUUCCAGCUGCUGCUCUUGCUGCAGGGCCAAGCCCCCUUUAAUGCUGUGCUUGUCCAGCCCGCCACCACAACCCCUCUCAGCCCUCAGCAGGUGGGCGGGGCCGGCUGCCUCUUUAGGACCAGUAGCUUCCUCCAUUUAGCCAAACGGCUCCUCUCCUCCUACUGGAACGAAGUUCCUGCCAGCCAGCAUUACCCUGCACCAUCGUCUGUCAGCAGCCCCAGCCCAUGUGUAGAGAGAAGGAACUCACUGAGAGCUUCUCCUGCCCUUGCAAGCCCAUUCCAGCGACUUGUAACCAUCUCCAAGGGACCCGGCAUUGCUCCCUAGCCAUUCAUCUGCAUGAGUACUCUUCUUGGCUCCCUUAAAUGGUCAAGAAAGCAAUUUUUCUGCUUGUCAGUCAUUGAGGUCAGCUGUGUGAGCCCCCAUGUGGGACAAGGGUGUCUCCUUCAUUGCUUAAAGGUAUAAGGGUGAUUCAUUACAGAGAUUGGGGAGCAAGAGGGCUAGCGUCACUUAAAUCACCACUGGUGUCUGGCCCAGUGUGUGUAUAUGUGUGUGUGUGUGCGUGUGUGUGUGUAGACAACCUCUUUACCCCCAAAAUGUGGCCAUUUGGGAAGUGGUUUUCCUGAAAAGAAGUUGCUGAGUUUGAUUUCCUUAUCCCCAAACAACAACAAGGGAAAAAAAGUGAAUUAAACACACCUUGAGCCACCCCAAACCCACAAACUAUACACUCUAGGCA